AUGAGGCUGGAAGCCGCGGCCAGGAUGGAUUUGUUCCGGAAGCUUUGGAAGGCGAGGAAGCUGAUCGUGGUGGUGCUCAUCCCGCUGUCCCUGCUGCCCCUGCCGCUCCUCCAGCCGACCAGCGAAGCAUGCUGUGCGUACGUGCUGAUGGUCACCGCCGUGUACUGGGUAUCCGAGGCCGUUCCUCUAGGCGCCGCGGCCCUGGUGCCCGCCUUCCUCUACCCGCUGUUCGGGGUGCUCAGAUCCAGUGAGGUAGCUGCGGAGUACUGUAAAGACACCACCCUGUUGCUGAUGGGGGUGAUCUGCCUGGCGGCCUCCAUAGAGAAGUGGAACCUCCACAAACGCAUCGCCCUGCGGAUGGUGAUGAUCGCCGGAGCCAAGCCCGGCAUGUUGGUGUUGGGCUUUAUGUGUUGCACUGUGUUCCUGUCCAUGUGGCUCAGCAACACGUCCACCACCGCCAUGGUGAUGCCGAUCGCCGAGGCCGUCCUGCAGCAGCUCAUCUGCACGGGGGUCGCCGACGCGCAACACGACUCCGAAACCGCCGAGGCCCCCGACGACGACAGCGCUGCUUUGGACAAAGAGGACAAUCUGGACAAGAACCAAUUGGAGCUCUUCUACCGCAGCGAGAGCAACUGCACCAAACAGGAGCUGUGUACACUAACUGAGGUUCAGUCUGUAGAGGUGAAUGGUGUGGCUCUUAAACGAAGCGCAAGUCAGGAGUUUAUUAAACAGACAAAUGGACAUCUGCCACAGGUUGCCAUUGACAUCCCCCUCCCAAAGCGGGUGAAGGCGCGGAGGGACUCACAGUAUCCCACUAAGAGGGAUCACAUGAUCUGUAAAUGCCUUUCUCUCAGCAUCACCUACGCCGCCACCAUCGGAGGGCUGAUCACCAUCACGGGAACCUCCACCAACCUCAUCUUCGCUGAGCAGUUCAACACUCGCUACCCGGAUGCUAAGGUGAUAAACUUUGGUACCUGGUUCAUCUUCAGUUUCCCCAUCGCCAUCAUCAUGCUGGUCCUCACCUGGCUUUGGCUACACUGCCUGUUUCUUGGCUGCAACUUUAGGGAAACGUGCUCACUGAGCAAGAAACGCAAAACCAAGAGAGAGAUGAUGUCAGAGCGCAGGAUCCACGAAGAGUACACCAAACUGGGCCCUAUCAGUUAUCCGGAGGUGGUGACUGGUGUGUUCUUCAUCUUAAUGACCUUGCUGUGGUUCACCAGAGAGCCUGGUUUUGUCCCCGGUUGGACGUCUCUCUUUGAGAAGAAAGGAUACAGGACGGAUGCAACAGUCUCUGUCCUGCUGGGAUUCCUCCUCUUCCUCAUCCCCGCCAGACGACCUUUCUCCCCUUCCUCUAGCGGUAAAGAUAAAGAUGAUCCAAAUGCUGAUCCAUUGGCUCCCAUGAUCACAUGGAAGGACUUCCAGAGGCUGAUGCCCUGGGAGAUUGUCAUACUGGUGGGAGGAGGCUACGCACUGGCUGCUGGCUGCAAGGUUUCGGGGCUGUCUGUGUGGAUCGGCAGACAGCUGGAGCCGAUGAGCGGUCUGCCUCCCUGGGCCGUCACACUGCUGGCCUGCCUCCUUGUCUCCGCGGUAACCGAGUUCGCCUCAAACCCAGCAACCCUCACCGUCUUCCUGCCCAUACUUUCCGCCCUGUCGGAGACCCUUCAGAUCAACCCCCUCCACACUCUCAUCCCCUCCACCAUGUGUGUGUCAUUCGGGGUCAUGCUGCCUGUGGGGAACCCCCCCAACGCCAUCGUCUUCAGUUACGGCCAUGUGCAGAUCAGCGACAUGGUGAAAGCUGGUUUCGGGGUGAACCUGAUUGGCGUGGCGGUGGUGAUGAUGGCCAUUACCACGUGGGGGGUCCCGCUCUUCAACCUCACCGAGUUCCCCGCUUGGGCCUUGGCCAGGAACGUCACCGCGGGCUUAUAACCUGCCGGAAGGCCGAUGGCGAGCAGGGAGGAAACCGUCACCAAAAGAUAGACACA